AUGGAUUUGAAAGAAUUGUCUGAUGCGUACAUGCGCGGUGAUUUCAACAGCAGUUCUGAUGAGGAAAAUGAAGGCCAAAGAAUAGUGGUCGGCAUGAUGAACGAGAUUCAUCAAAGUCAGACAAGGAAUCCAAGAAAGCACGGUGGUACCUCUUCCAGCCGCCGUUACCUUCCUAAAGAUCACGAGGCAGGUCACCGUCAAUUGAUGUUAGACUACUUCGAUCCUGGUUGUUUGUAUCCCCCAGAAAAGUUUCGUAGAAGAUUCGGAAUGAGACGCUCCCUUUUUGAUCGCAUUCUUGAAGAGGUAACUAAUGCUAACAAUUAUUUUCAACAAAGAGCAGAUUGCAGAGGUCAACUUGGGUUUAGUCCUCAUCAAAAGGUUACCGCAGCAAUGAGGAUGUUGGCGUAUGGCAAUGCUGCUGAUGCGCUUGAUGAAUACCUUCGAAUGGGAGAUAGCACUGCAAGGGAGUGUUUGAAGAAAUUCUGUGACACUGUCGUGCACAUCUAUGAAGCAGAAUUUCUUAGAAAACCAACACAAGAGGACAUUGACAGGCUCCUACGAAAAGGUGAGUCUCGUGGCUUUCCUGGUAUGCUUGGUUCAUUAGAUUGUAUGCAUUGGGAAUGGAAAAAUUGUCCUAGUGGUUGGCAAGGACAAUUUGUUGGGCAUUACCACCGUCCAACUAUUGUCCUCGAGGCAGUAGCCUCGUAUGACACUUGGAUUUGGCAUGCAUUCUUUGGAAUGCCUGGUUCCCACAAUGAUAUAUCUGUCUUGGAUUGCUCUCAUUUGUUUGAUGAACUUGCUGAAGGUCAUGGUCCUACUGUUAACUAUUUUCUUAAUCAAAAGCCACAUACAAUAGGAUAUUAUCUUACAGAUGGUAUAUAUCCCGCAUGGGGUACGAUUGUGAAAUCAAUAUCUCAGCCUCAAACUAGAAAGCUCAAGUACUUUGCUACUAAACAAGAAAAAUAUCGCAAGGACGUGGAGAGAGCUUUUGGGGUUCUCCAAGCUCGAUUUGCUAUUAUAAAGGGACCUGCUCGAACUUGGCAGUUAGAUUUUCUUGGCAAGAUAAUGAAGACGUGCAUAAUUUUACACAACAUGAUUGUUGAAGAUGAACGUCCAUCAGAGGAAGUAUCAUUAUGUGAUGUGCCCGAAAAUAGUACGAGAAGGAAUGAAGAAGAUGAGUACGAAUCUCUACCCGAUGCUGAAGAUGUGCAUCGACUUCCAGCGGACUUAGAUGUCUUCUUGGCUCGUUACACUCAGCUCAGGAGUAGCCGACGCCACGACGAACUCAAACAAGAUCUUAUUGAUCAUUUAUGGAAUCUUAGAGGCGGUCGGCCUUAA